GCGCACACGCCUCCUCCGUCCUCUCCUCCUCGCUCUCAGAGCUGCUCAGACUUGCGGGAGGAAUGGCGGCCCCUCGGAGUGUCUUCACCUCUCUCUGCGGGUUCUACCUGGCUCUGUGUUUCUCCUGCGGAUCUACGACCUCCGGCAGCAGGAGAGCGAACCAGGACCGAUGCGGCUUUAAGGUGCUGUCUGGUCCAGAUGGAGGCCGCAGGCCGGCCGUCACCUUCAGAGCCGACAACUGCUCCUUAAACUACCCUGUAGGGAAACACGUGAUCCAUGAGGUCACCAACGUUUCCUUCAGCCAUCUGUCCUGCGAGGAUCAGGCCGCCGUGGUCGUCCAGUGGUCUGCGAGCCCACUAGGGAUUGAGCACAUUAAAGGCUUCAGAGUUUACCUGGAGGACAAGAAUCCAGAAGGGAAACAGUGCCAACACCUCAUCCUCAAAGACCCGCGACAGCUCAACUUCUCCCACAGGAACACGAAGCUGAGCAGUCAGCCGUUCGGCGGCUUGAACUUUGACACCGACUACAUGGUUCGCAUCGUUCCCUUCCCGUCUCUGAUGAACGAGAGUUUCUUCCCUCCAUCCUUCCUCAGAACUAACUCGUGUGAAGUGCUCCUUGGAUCAGACAACCUGGUCUGCAAACCAUUCUGGAAACCGAAGACGCUGAACGUGUCUCAGCUUGGAUCGAGCCUUCAGGUGGCCUUCGAUCAGGCUCCGCCCUCCUUUGGCUUCCACGUGUACUACCUGUACUACAAACUGCGACAGGACGGACCCUUCAAACUGCAGCGCUGCAGGCCGGACGCCAACCAACCCAGAACCACGUGUGUCCUCCAAGAUGUCACUCCAGGGACCUACGCGAUAGAGCUGAGAGAUGACAGCAACACGACCAGGAAGCAAACUCAGUACCAUGUCACCCAGGUCCACUCCCCCUGGGCGGGGCCCAUCCGUGCCAUGGCCAUCACGGUGCCGCUGGUCAUCAUGUCUGCGUUCGCCACCCUCUUCACGGUCAUGUGUCGCAAGAAGCAGCAAGAAAACAUCUACAGUCAGCUGGACGAGGAGAGCAGCGAGUCGUCCAAUCACAGCGCAGCACUGAACACUGAGCGACCGUGGCCCCGCCCCAAAGUCUUCAUCUGCUACUCGAGCAGAGACUGCCCCAAACACACCAGCGUCAUCCAGAGCUUCGCCUUCUUCCUGCAGGACUUCUGCUGCUGCGAGGUGGUGUUGGACCUGUGGGAACACCUGGAGAUGUGUAAGGAGGGGCAGAUGUCGUGGCUCAGCAGACAGCUGGACGAAGCAAACUUCAUCAUCACGGUCUGCUCCAAAGGCCUCCGCUAUUACGUGGAAAAGAAGAGCCGUCGAGGGAAGACGCCGGUGAGUCGCCGUAGCAGCAGCAGCAGCUCUUUGAUUGGUGCAUCUGGCGGGGACCUGUUCAUCGUGGCCGUGGCCAUGAUUGCUGAGAAGCUGCGGCAGGCGAAGCAAAGCGAAGAUGGCGGGGCUCAGGAGAUGAACCGGCACAUGGCGGUUUACUUCGACUAUUCCACAGAAGGCGACAUCCCCACCAUACUGAAUGUGGCUCCCAGGUUCAAGCUGAUGGACCAGCUGCCUCAGCUCUUCGGUCGGCUCCAUGCGGGUCAGUCCGGUCUGACUGAGCGUGAGCAGCAGCCUCUCAACGUCUCCCGCAGGAACUACUUCAGAAGCAAGUCCGGACGCUCGCUCUACGUCUCCAUCUGCAACAUGCACCAGCACAUCAGCCAGAACCCCGACUGGUUCGAAAAGCAGCUCGCUCCCACGGGAACAUCCUCUACCUCCCCAGACUCCUCCUCCAAACAUCCAUCUCUCGCCGCUGUCCCGGCUCCGAGCCCUCCCCUGAAGCCUUCCUCCUCCUCCUCCUCCUCGUCUCAGCUCGAGCAGAGGUUUGACUCUGGUUUGGUGCUGAAUGAGGUGGUGGUGCGGACGCCAUCGCUGGAGUGUGGGGAGGGAGUGACGGGGAGGAACAAACUCCUGCUGGCCCCUGGUUCCAGUCCUGACCUCAACCUCGGCCCGAGUCCCAGUUCCAGCCCUGGUCCCUGUCCUAGUCCUGGUCUCUGUCCCAGCCCAGACCUGCCACACUCCUCUCUGUCCAUGCUAGAUCCCAAUUCAAGGUCUGCUUCUGGAAUAUCUGGACUUUUAUCCGAAGACUCUUCCUCCUCCUCCUCCUCCUCUGGUCCCUCCACCCUCCAGGAUGGAGUUUGCUCUGCCCCACCCUCGGCCGAUGAAGGCCAUCCCACCGCUCCCGAGGUCCCUCCUCCUCGUGAUUCAGGCAUCUACGAUUCAUCCGUUCCUUCGUCAGAACUUUCUAUUCCCUUAAUGGACGGACUGUCACAUGACCAGGCAGACUCCUCCUCCCUGGCUGAGAGUGAAUCAUCUUCCUAUGGUCUGAGUGACGAGGAGCCGCCCACGGCUGCAUCGCUCCGCUGCGGCGCCGCCACGGUGUGCAAGGCGGAGCUGCACCACCAUCAUCACCUCGAGCACAGUGACGCUGCUCUCAAGCCCGUGGCAUCAUUGUAGGGAACACCUUCAGCCAAUCGAACUAGAGCUAGCCCAGUGAUGUCAUCAUGUAGAUCAGCAUGUAAAAAGUACCAGACUUGGACCAGGAAGUCUUUGUCAGAGGCAAAACUGGAAGAACCGGAGCGGGGAACGUGCAGACGCUGAGCUCUGGAAUGCUGAUCUGCCGUGACCAUGUUAACCACUGCUCCAUGGUGACUACGGUAACCACUAUGCUGUGAGACACUUGACCAUCGUGACCAUGGUAACCUUUGCAUUCUAGGAUGCUGAUUACUAUGGAAACCACUGCGAUCACUAUAGUAACCACUGAGUUCUAGAACAGUACUCCCUGGUGACUGUGGUAACCAGACAGCUGGAGGACCUUUGGUGAUCACAGUUCUCUGUUUGCUCCGCGGGACGAUUCCUGAAGGGCUGGAACUCCAGAUGCUGGCAGAGCCGAUCACUUCAAACCAAAGACGGCCUCAGACGGCGGCGUCCUGAUGACUUGGUGCCCGGGACCAAAACCUGAUGCUGAAACAAACCAUUUGUUCCGGCGCUUUUUGAAGUGGAAGUGCAGGAAGACGCUGGGACCAAAGCUGCUGAAUGGAGAAACACCUUCGAGACAUCAGCAGGCGCUUCCUGGGAACUCCCUCAGACUAUCUGCAUACCAUCAGAGAUUUACAUUCACGCCUUCAAUAAAAAUGCUCACCUGAUGUUUGAGCCAGCUGGCUGCUGGCAUAGCAACAGCUACUUAUUAAUUACAAUUAUUGCUUACAUUUCCGUUUUAUUAUGGCGGUUCCUCCUGUGCUGCAUUUAGAAUGCAAUCAAAGCUCCUUCGCACUUUCAGUUCCUGCAGUUUGCAUACAGAGAAAAGCGCCGUGUUCUGGUCCGAAAGCGCCUAAUGUUACGGCGCACGAUGCAUUUAUAUUAUAAUUUUGUAUUAUCGAAUACUGAAAAGCUUGGAUAAAGAAUGACGUGACGCUCGUUAAGAGGUGCCCUUUUUUCAUUUAAAUGUGUCUCUUUAUUUUUGGAAAGGUGUCCUUCAUCAUAAAGGUAAACAUCGUUUAACAGCGCAUCUUAUUUUGAAAGGCUUCCAACACAGGAUAACAAAGUAACCACUGUUAUGUAAGAUGUUGUUGUUAUAAAUGUUAUUAAUAUGGUGAUGGACGUGAUUUAUGUGAACUCAGAUGAUCGUUCAGUGUCUUUAAAAAAAAAAAGAUUUCUGCAGGUUUGAGGGAGCAGCAGAUUUAACAUUUCCUACUUGUAAAUAUAACUUUUAUUUUUCUCUGGAAAUGUCUGAUAUAAUUUUGUAUA